GGUCAGAGACUGCAGGCACAGUACAGUAGAUGGUCAGAGGCUGCAGGCGUACUACAGGAGAGGGUCAGGGACUGCAUGCAUACAACAGGAGAGGGUCAGAGUCUGCAAGUGUACUACAGGAGAGGUUCAGAGACUGCAGGAGUACCACAGGAGAGGGUAAGAGCCUGCAGGCAUACUACAAGAAAGGGUCAGAGCCUGCAGACGUAGUACAGGAGAGGGUCAGAGACUGCAGGCAUAGUACAGCAGUUGGUCAAAGACUACAGACCUAGUACAGGAGAGGGACAGAGAUUGCAGGAGAAGUACAGGAAUUGGUCAGAGACUGCAGAC